UUUACUUGCGUGCCUCGCGGACUUUUCCGAAUUUUCCCAGUCAGUCCCGGGUCGGCGACCGACACGAGCAUAUCACGCGUGUGUCGGGGUCGAGUAAUUAAACUAUUUCGUCACUUCUUUCGAAUCGCAUAAUUAGUCUCUCGUUGGCAUCGCGUUAUUUAACACGUGUAUCUUCGGUUUAAUCGUAUCUACGCGAGUGUCAGUGUCCAGUGUCCAGUACCACAAUGGAACAGCCAGGAUAUUUGGUCGAGAAGCUGGAACAGAGGAGGAGAACGCAGGACACAAGGACGACGAGGAUAGCGACGCAUCAUAUAUUUCCCAGGCUCUCUCGGACGAUGAUCGCGGAAAGGCGCGACUCCGGCUUUUAUAGUUCACCGACAUCGAAGCCAUCGAAGGCGCGCCCGCAAGAAGAUAAAGCGCAUCCGCCGAGCGCCCGCUCUCGUCGGACGUGUUCUGAAAUAGGUGAAGUGCAUCUCUCUCCGGGGCCGGAGACAAUCACGAGAGCGGAGAGAAACGAGUCUCCGAUCCUCGCACUUCGUUAUCGGCCCGAUGCUAUUGACCUCGUAUCGACGGCACCCUUCGGCUACGCGGUUCAACAUAUUUAACGAGCUCGCAUACCAACGAGAGAACCGUGUCGAAACCGUCGUCCCCACCACGCGCACAACACUUAUUGUUGCCACUAUCGGCCGGCAAUAUCGAUCGUAUAACUCACCAUCGCCACGCGCAUGUUGAACUCGCGAACUCGAUUUACAAUCUGAAUCUUUUUCAAUGCGAGGCGCACUUCGCGCUCCGAGCAGACGUGACGGACGAUAAAAACUGGAUGGUACAUUGUCGAGCGCAAAAUCAUAUCCUGAAAAAAAGAUUUGGUAGUGAUCCAUCGAGCCCGAAUAACAGAUAUGUUUUGGUGAGACAGUUCCAACUAGACAUGUAGGUAACACAAUGAAAUAAUUGGUCAAUUUUAACGAAGAACUUUAGCAAAGCUUGGUAUUUAUUGGCAAGACUGUUAUCAGUUUAUGUGGUAUCACCAAAUAAUUUGUUAAAUAAACCAUAUUGUUUGGUGACACUUACCACAUUAUGUGAUAAAUAUAUAAAAUGACUAAAUACAUAAUAAUUAAACUAUUCGGUUAUUGCCAAAUUCUUUAAUAUUAUUUACCAAAUCAUUCA